CAUGCAUGCAUUCAGAACCAAAUAAUAGAGAAAAAAGCCCUCCACCACGCUGAUCUUUGUCUUCCUCUCUCCCUCUCCCUCACCUGUCUCUCUCUCUCGCUCGCUCGCUCGCUCUUCUCUCAAACAUGCAUCACAUUUACCAGGUUUUCCAGCUGAUGUCGAUGCGGGCAACCCCACCGCCGUCGCCCCUUUUCCUACCUCCUCUGAACGACGGAGACAACUCCCAAAAUGCCAAUAGUGUUCUGUAUAUCCAACCCACUCCAAUUGGAAUCGCAUCCAGACAACGAAGCAUGGCGAAUUGGAGCACCGGACUCUUUAGAUGUCAUUCAGACAUGAAAACUUGUUGCAAAACAUUGUUUUGUCCAUGUAUAACAUCCUCGGAGAUUGUCGAGAUCAUAACGGAGGGGAAAACAUUGUCGGGAGAUGCGUUGGUUAUCUUGGGAGUAUGUGCAGUGAUAUGCGGGAUGUGGACGUACACUUGCCGCACGCGAACAAUAAUCAGAACAAAGUUCAACAUUAGAGGAAGCCCUUGUAAUGAUUGCCUAACUCAUGCAUGUUGCUUGCCCUGUGCCUUAUGCCAAGAGUAUCGAGAGCUUGACCAUCACGGCUUUGAUCCUAGUCUUGGGUGGUUCGAGAAUCUUGAAAGACAAAGAUAUGCAGUUGCCAUAUACACCAUCACUCCACCCAAGCCUGAAAAGAUGGAAAGAACAUAGAAGCUUUAUAUAAGUUGAUGUUGAAAUGGUAAGUCUUUUGUUUUUUUUUGUAUACAUUUGUUAGUUGUAAAAGAAUACAUUGAUGAAUGUAAAUCUUCCAGAGUCUUUGGGCAGGAAAUGGGAGAAGUGAAUACAAAGUAUACGGGGAGGGCUAGUGAGAAUGAAACAACACAUAUUUUAGCACUAAGAACAAACAAGUCUUAUUAGAUCCAUCCAUACUUCUUUUCUCAACUUUGUUUGUACCACUUUUCCAUGCGUGAUCUUCUUUAUCUUGUUGUUGGUACAAGCAAUCAAGUUCU